AUGGGGAGAAGGAAAGGAGCCGGUGACCAGGGAAAAGACACUGGCGGGCCAGGUCUGGGAACCUUUGGGAAUGUCGAGGGCCUUGGAGACAUUGGGAAGGAUAAUGUUGAAGCCCGAGAUGAAGAAUUCCUGAGCAGGUUGGUCAGCGGCGCGAAAGGGAAUGAAAACUGCAUUCUUGAAGACGGCGGGCCGCUGGCGGCCGAGCUGAUCGAGGUCGAUGGCAUCAGCCUCCGGGUUCGGACUCGGAAUCUCGGUGUCUGUUCGGUCAUUGUCAUCGGAUCCGGAGAGAGGGCCAGUAACACCCACCAAACGCCAGGGAAUGAAGACGCCGUUAAAGCACCCAACACCUCGAUGCAAGGGCUUGAGCCGCUUGACCGUGCACCGGUAGCCGCAAAGCCCCGGGCUUGUCACAACUGCCGUCGCCGCCGUCUCCGCUGUGACCGCUCCUUCCCGUCUUGUCGCAAGUGCGCCAUCUCUGGUGAAGACUGUCUUGGCUAUGGCACCCUCUUGCGGUGGGCCAAUGCACCCGCUGUCCGCGGAAAGCUAGUGGGACAGUUGGCCGUGGCCAAGGCCGGGAAGCCAGGACCGAAGCCGGUUUCAGUUCCACCUCGGGCUGCAAUCCAAAAGUCAACACUCUUCCUCCAUCCAUCGCUUCGUGAUCCUCUGCUGGAUGGGUUAAACCGCCGAAACAGGCAUUAUGUUCACCACUUCGCCACCGCCGUGUGUCGAGACCUGGUGUCCUUCGAUCAGCAUGACUGCAACCCUUUCCGCGCUGUCGUCCCUUUGCUGUACGAAUUUGACUUUCUCAAAGCCGUCAUCGUAGCUACUGGAGCCAUGCAUCUUGCCGCCCUUCAUGGUUACCAAAACCAGCCCGAACGACCUGAGCUGGUCGACGCCCUGGUAGCCAAAGGCAAAGCCAUCAGUCUUCUUCGGUCUGCCGUCGACAAAAUGACGCCCGAGAACCAAGCCAUGGUCUUAGCCGCCACCGUCUUUCUUAUCAAUCUAGAUCUGAUCGACUCCGGCAAGGGGGGCUGGCAAGUCCACAUGGAAGCUGCCAGUGCUCUCAUGUCGUCACUCCGCCAUCCGGCCCACGGGCAUCUGGACCAGGGACUCAUGGCCUGCAUUGAUGCCAUCGCUGCCGAUUGUCUCACAUAUCGCGUCUUCGGGUCAGCCAUUAGCGGGGUAGCCCUAACAGCUGGGACCGAGCACGACCCAUCCGAGUUCUUGUCCAUCCUCAGGCGUGCCGAGGCAUUCAGCUAUCACUGCUGCCCCCCAGAAAUCCUCCACAUCCUUCUCUCGGCAAGCAACCUAUGCAACCGAAGCGACCACAGCCGAGUCGAGGAAGACGCCCUCUCCCUGAUUCACCAGGCCCGGUCUCUAGACCUCGCCGAGUGGGUGCAAAACAUCCAUGGCCUCUCGACUGACGAUGACCUCGACAUCCGCCUUAGCAUCGCGCUCGCCCACCGCGCCACUGCGUGUUUGUACAUCCUUCUCGCUGUUCCAGAAGCCAUUCCCUUCCCCUCGUCGGUCGUUAUGCUCAUCGAGGAAGUCCUGGGCUAUCUAGCGGCCGUGCCCAUCGAUCACAUCCACUUAAAGGGGACGGUUUGGCCGACAUUUGUCGUCGGUGCCCAGACCGACGAUCCGAUGCAGCGUGCCUGGUGCAUCGCGCGGAUGGAGGCUGUGUGGACAACGAGCCCGUGGAUAUGUCCGUGGGGCUAUAUCCGGACCGCCAUGCAGAUGUUGCACAGUCUUUGGGAUGCCAGGGACCGGGAGCCCGCCAGAGAGGGGAGGCGGAACUGGUUACUCGAGUUGAAGAGCAUGCGGGAGAAGUGCUUAAUCGUAUGA